UAACUUGAGGUUGAGGGCACAGAUGUUCAGGGAGGGCUCAGUUCACUCCUCUGCCGCCCAGGGAAGAGGAGCAGCAGCCUCCACUGGCCGCGCUGCAGGAAUCCGGAUAUGAUGAAGUUUUAGACCCAACCAAAAAAAAAAAAGAAAAAGAAAACUACCGCCACUGAGACGUCGAGGACGUCGCGAGGAGUUAUUGAGGAUUUGUAAAACUUUGUUAAAACACGGAAACAAACGAAGGAGCGAGACAAACUGACAAGAGGCGCGGGAGUUAGGGGAAGUUUCGUCGCGGUCACCAAGUUUUCCAGUUUUUUUCCAGAAGGAGCUGGAGGAAGGAAGGAUGAGAAUAAACGUGGAGUGAAGGGAGUUGACAUGUUCGAAAGACUGAGCUGCUGCUGCUGAGAUGAGACGUUGCUUUUCUCAGCGCUGAGGAGGAAACACACUCCUUCUUCUUCUCCUUCUCCUUCUUCUCCUUCUGCUGCGUGUGUCCCCCACAAAGACACGACUGUCUCAUGUCCAAGGAGACCGUCCUUCCUCCGGAUGUGCCAGGGCCAGACAAGGGCCCCCAGCAAGAGAGCAGUCCUCUGCUGUCAGCCUCUCACGAUGCUCGUGACAGCGAAUCGUCAGGAAGAACGUCAUCUCCCAGGAAACCAGUCGCCGAAGGACGAAGUCACGUGACGGAUUACUGCGAGCCCGUAAGAACUCAACCUCACUCUGAGUCUCAACCCGUUUCCUUGGAGCUCGCAGAGGGAGACGCUGUCAAGGACCAAAAUGGCCUUCCCCACAAUGGCACUGGCACGGCCGCACUGAGUAAUGGCAGAGGAAUCCACCCUGGCAUCGGUGGUGCCACACGCACUUGCACUUGCACUUGCGGUGCCAACAUCAGCAUGGGCGCAGAGAGUGGCUCAGGCCCGAGCACAAGAGCGACUGAGCGGCCGACGACAGUGCAGCCCAGGAAGCAGCCGUCCACACCGGUGUCGCAGAGGAUGCAGAGGAAAUUAAGGUCCAGCUUGUCGGUCAACAGUGACAGCAGCAGACGCAGUAAAGGCAGUUCCACUGGGUCGCAGAGAGCUCCGCUUCCAGAGGACUGCUGCGUCCACUGCAUCCUCGCCUGCCUGUUCUGCGAGUUCCUGACGCUCUGCAACAUGGUGGCGACGCAGGCCUCGUGCGGCGCAUGCACGUCGGAGGCCUGCUGUUGCUGCUGCUGCACCGACGACCUGGGCGACGACUGCAACUGUCCAUGUGACAUGGACUGCGGCAUCAUGGACGCCUGCUGCGAGUCCUCGGACUGCCUGGAAAUCUGUAUGGAGUGCUGCGGCAUCUGCUUCCCCACAUAGGGAGGAGGCCGGCGCUGCUGCGGUCCAGGGUGACUCUGCAGGGGAUAACUGGACCCCGGCAAAGAAAACAUGGAAGGAUGCUGCUGUCACUUUGAAUUCAGCAACAAGCAGAGGGAAUAAGUGUUUGUUUGUGUUUGAAUGUGAACUAAUGAGUGCUGUUGAGUGUGUGUGAAAUAGUAUGAGCUGGCUGAGUAAAACGUGCGUUGAAAGAUGUAUUGACACUGGGCUCCUCCAUCAAAACCAGCAUAGCACGGGCUAGAAGCAACUCCAGAUAUAUGAACGUGUCAUUUAAGUCUUUAGUUUAUCGUUUAAAUUUGUUUCUGUUAAGUAUUCUAUUCUUAGCGACAAAAAAAAGUAUUAUCACAGAUUUUAUUGUUACAUCAGGAAUGCUGUUUGUAUCUUAUCUUGCCUUUUUUUUUGGUUCAUUUUCAUUUUCAAUACUUCUGUGUUUUUUAUGCUCAGGAACUGAGGUUGCAGUCUUAGUUCUGUACAACACUGUAAAAACUAGAGAUGUUCCGAUACCGAUACUCAGAAAUCAGAAAUGUUUCCUCGGUGAGUCUGCGAAUCAAUGUAACGAUCCAAUACAAGUCAUUCAAGUAGAUUUUUCCCCCCCUGAUAAAACUGCAAUUUUCUUAUCCCGAAAAUCACUUCUUCAUUCCAAAACAGCAGUUGCCACUGGUUUUAGAGGGUUAGGGUUUAGGUUUCUGUAUGCAUGUGGAAUGCACUUCCCACGAACUGUUCAUCUAAUUGGCUUCGUACACACAAACGUGUGUGUUUUGUAAAUUAAAAGAGAAAGUGCAGUGCUGAGUUUGGUGCCAUUUGGACUUGUGGUACCUUCAAUAGUCUGAAGACUGUGUCGAUUGCUUAACAGACCUCUUAUAUAACCGAGAUGCAAUGACUAAUUCUGAAGUAGACUCUGGACGCAGCCCAGUCCAAACAGGCAGGUUUACAAAGAGCACUGCACUAGUUUUAUUAAAAUGCACCGUUCUCAGAUUGGUACUCUGUAACGGCCGAUAUGCAAACUCAGAAUCUGGAUCGGAAACAGCAAAAUGGUAUCGGAACAUAUCUAGUAAAUAUGUUUAUGUGACAGUUCCUACACUCUUAGAUGCAUACUGUAUUUUUGCAACACACUUUCACUUACACACAGUCUUACUGUGGCACUGUAGAAAAAUUGAAACUAGUGAAAUAUCAGAGGCGAAUAAGCACAUGUCAUCUGCAUAGGGAAUGUUGUAGAGACCGAAUGCUUCAUGUUGUCAUGAUGACCGAAACAAACUGCACAAAAUUGCUGAUAAUUGUAAUGUUACAAACUGGAAUGUCUAUGACCAACCUCUUGAUUUGGCACUAUUUGAAUCCUUGGGUUUACUGGAAAAUACAGUGCACAUCCUCACAUGUUUAGUACAAAAGCGACUGACCAGCUGACUGUACAGUUUCCUGCCAGAUAAACAACAUCUGCAGCUUAUGUCUUCCUUCCUUUGAACGUCCUCCUCCGCCAUUGGCCAUCGACGAUAAGGCUUUGUCAGUCGCCUAUGGUACAAGCCGCCUCUUGCGAUGCUGCUUUACGUACAUUCUGUGUAAGUGUGACUUGUUGAACCGCGCUCCCUGCUCACGAGGGCCGUGAUAAGGAAUUAAGGAAUGGUGACCCUAGUUGCCAUAUAAGCGGCUUUCCGGGGAAUCAAGCCCAGUGGCUCACAAUACAAAAAAAGGAAUCAUGAACUGUCACAACGAAGUGGUAAACUAAUGCAGGGUAAAGGCAGUUUUCUUCUCAUUUUUUUUUUCCUCUUUCUAUCUCUGUUCCUUAAUUCUGUGUAUUUGGAGAUGAGGUUGUGGUGUGAAUCACCAGCGGAGUCAUUUUCUUGUCUAGCAGAUGUGCUUUGAUGGUGUUUAAGUGAUGACGCUUAAUGCUGGCCCUUCAUUAGCACCGCUCGAUAACAACAAAAAAGAACGUCACUCCGUAAAGCCAACAAAGAUAAUGUGCUGCCAUGCGUGGCUCGUCUUAAUGGCGUGCUGUUAUUGUGUAAGGAAUUUGGACGGGCACCUCCGUGCAACCUCAUUCUCUUUAUGAUUAACUCGAGCUUCUCAUGUGCUGAAGAGUCAAAAAAACACCGUACACAUAAUGUGAAGAAUUUAUGUAAAAAAGAAAACAUGUACACAUGUAGCUACAGUCCUCCGAUACUAUACUGUUUUUUGUCUUUUUUAUUCUGUUCCUUACACUUGAUCCUUCUCAUUUUAAUUUCGAUGCUUCAUUUCCUAACUUGGAGUUCACAAGUCGUUAUAUUAGUUUUGUACAUUAUCUUCAAUCUCAAAGAGAAGUUAAAAAAAAAUAAAACACUACGAAAAAAACGAA